GCUCCUGAUCGGACUGUCCCUCUGGCGGCUGCCCACAACUACUUCCACAGGACAGCGGCCCAGAAGCGGCAGUGCUGUACUGGCUGGCCGGGGGGCUGCAACAUUCUGUGUGUUCUUAUCUGCUAUGCUGCUGGCAGACUCGGUGCCGGCGCUGGCGGGCAUCCUCGCGAACUUGCCUAUCGUGUCUGUGGCUGUCAUCAUGAUCCUGUGGAUGUCUCAAGGGGAGGAUGUGGCCAUGGCCUGCUUAGCGCCGAUGGUGCUCGGCAUGCUCUCGCCAUCGGCCUAUGCGAUGCCCCUUUGCCUUAG